UACACCUUGAUAGAAAAGGGUCAGAGCAACUUUAUGGACCUGAGCAACCAGAGCAGGCUGGUGGUGAAAGAGCCCUCCCUGCCCAUCAAUGAGCUUCUAGAGAAGAGCAGUAAGACCAGCGAGUCCAAAUUCACCCUCCACCCUUUACCCUCAGCUGUGUGGCCAAAGCACAGUGACCUGGCCCCCAUCCCUCACCAACACACUCCCCACAACAAGAGCAAAAAGGCCCCCAAGAGCGAUCGUCUAGUGGAGCACAACAGUGACAAAGCCAGAGAAGUUGUUGGUCUGCUUCCCAAAACCCCGCUGACAGGAGCCACAGGUGCAGCUAACAACCGCACUGGGCAGAAAACCAACCAGGAUGCCCAGUCCAACAUCAGCCCAUCUCAGCAGAGCAAACCAGAGGGACACCCCAACUCCAGACCCAGGGGUCCACCCCACACCCUACCUCAGGGUCACCCACACCAACUGGCCCCUUCUGCACGAAGAGAUGCCCCAAACCGACAGAUGGACCCAGAGGAGAACCGACCGGGCAAGGCGAGUCUCUAUCAGUCAGGUAUCAGUGCAGCGACCCAGAACAACAGCCGUCAGCCUGUCCUCAACAACCGCCGUACUUCCAGCCUGCUUUACCAGUUUGACAUCCUGAGACGAGAAUCCGACUUCACACACGAUGCCUUCUGCAUGAGUGAGUGCAGGAAGGAGAAGGAGGAGAGAGAGUAUUACUGCUACAGUGAGUUUGCUGUCAAUGGGAUAGUUCAUGACAUUGAUGUGCUGCGUAACGGAAUACGCCUCAUUACACUGAUGGUUAGCAGCAAUGGCUUCUACAAGAUGAGUCGUCUCUAUGUGACCCCAGACAGCUUCUUCUUAAAAAUUCGUCUUCUGGUCCUGGACACAUACAAUUGCAGCAAACCCUGCCCUGAUAUCAAAUUGGGGACCAGAUAUAUUAUAAUGGGCCAGAUCUACCACCGGAGGCGCCAUCUUCCCAGUGACCUUUUGAACCUGCUGGGAGGUAAAGUGAAGCCUGGAGACGGCCUCCUGCGAAGCAACAACUAUGUCAAGAGGUUCAACAAACGGAGACACCAAAAAGCCCUGGAGGCCACCCGCUCCAGGUGUAGAUAAACCCAAACACAAGACUUUCGUCCCCUGCUGCAGGGGAAGAGACUUUGCAGCUUACAUGAACUGAUCGUAAUUAAACCCUCAGUAUUGUGCAAGAGAGAAGACAUUCUGUGGAAAACAUGGAUCUACUUUCACGUAGAGUUCUAUGAUGUAUCAUAAUCCUGGUUCAUAUUUUUAAUUAAUCCUCAGGUUCUGACUUGGGGUCUGAUAGAAAACACAAGCAGCUAUUAAAUUAAUUAUCAAUUAAAUUGAUUUUCCACAAUCAUAUUGUAAUGUUUUAGGUCCCCAAACAAGAGCGUCUCAUUAGCCCACUAUUAUAUUCUCAAAAGAGCAAUUACAGUCGAGCUCCUCAUUCAUUCAUGGCUGGUUCAUGAAGCCCCUAAAUUAAAAUGUUACUAGCUCACUUUUUAAAGAAAAUUUGGUUUAUCUGAACCACAGCUUUCCAUUUAGCAUGACAUGAUACUGUAUAUAUAAUAGGUAUAUUAUAUCAUCAUGCAUCAGAAUUCGCUUGGGCAUUUUUUUUUAUUCAUGUGUCUUUAACAAGCCAGUGUUUGUCCUGUGAAUGAAACAAUGUCAAAUCAAGUCUGUAUCUUCAUUGUUAUUCUAGAUCACACUUAUGCACACAGAGGACAAAUAACUGGUCUAUUGUUGUUUCUCUAGCUGGAGCAGUAGCUUCUCAGAGCAAAUGGUCAGAUCCUGUUUUCAUGUUUAACAAUUGAAAUUCUGUUCUUAAACAACAUUUUUAAACAAUAUAGAAGAAAAACUUAUUUUAUUAGGAAUUGGCCUUAUUGGCUUUUUAAAAUAACCACAGUUGCUCAAUUAAUAUAAAAAAUAACUGGAAAUCAUAUGUCCUUUCAUAUAAAAUCCAACAUUUGUAAUUUAUAAGAAUGCAAAAUGUUGUAUUGCACUGAAUAGUAUUGUUUUGUAAUACCCUGUUCUGUGCAUGUUUUCACUGUGGUUGUUAUUGCUAAGCAGGAAAUGCACUAUUAGGGUUACAGGGACCAAAGGGAGUGAAUGAAGGGCCUGAAAAAGCAGCAACAAUCCCCAGUACAGGAGGAGGAGUGGAAAGGAGGGAAGAGAGAGCACAGGACAUUUGCUUGUCAUGAGAGCGGCUUAUUUUUCUAACUUUAAUUAUGUGUUCAUGAUGAAAUGUCUCCCUGAGUAGACUGAGACAUCAAAUGGGGCCUUGCCGAAUGAGGAGGGGUUUGUUGUUAUAGGGACUACGCCAUAAAUCUAAUCGUAGGAAUUUGAUCCUCUCCACACCUGGACAUGACUCAUGAGAAAAGUGCCUGCUUGUUGCAGGUCCUCUUUAGGAUGGUUCUUGUUUUCUUGCUUACACACAAACACAUACUCCUCUGGGAUGGCCAAAACUCUAAAGGGGUAUUUAAAGUAUUUUGGGAAGAUCAGAGAAACAAGCGGGCAGGGGGGGCACGGUGGAGAAGGAAUAAAGACUUAUGUAAAAUGACAGGGAGAGGAUGCAGGCAAAGACAGCGGGGAUGGGUUUUUAAAGGAACAGCUUCUUAUUUAAUCAAAAAUCCCUGGAUGAUUGUAGUACAGCCAGGAGCUCCUGCUUCUUAUGAAAGGGAGAAGAUUUGCACUGAAUACUUGCAUUGCUUUACUAUACAUGAACCAAAUAAAAAGUGUAUUUGUUUUAUACUCAAAGGACCCAGUGAGAAAUUUACUUGUUUUUAAACCAGGCUAUCACAUAUAUCUGCCCACUGACCGAAACACUGAUCUUUAUUAUCAUUCCCAGUGACUGCAUGAGAAGGAGACACUCUAAUUGGAGUUUAACAACCUCGGUCUCCGUCUGGCCUCCAGGAAAAGAGACUGGCUUGGGAACUUGGACGUUGAGGCAGGCAGGAUUGAACCUCUUUUCUACCCCUCUGUCCGUCUGUCAGCUUGAGCUGGUCAGUUCCCAGGCUCGAUGAAACCUCUAUCAGGGAUCAGCGCUGGAGGGAACAGAUGCAGGCGGGCAGGAAACAGGAGCCUGCUCCACAUCUUGGCUACUAUCGCAGCGGGAGGACAUUCCUCAUCACAGAGGAUGUAAAGGAGGAGGGAAAGAAAGAGUGGAGAAAGGAGGGGGAGUUGGGAAUAUGUCCAAGUUGUUUCCUGUGUGACAGCCCCCAGGCCACAAAGGGGGGAGUUGGAGAAACAGACAAGGGUGGUGCACUGAAACAACUUUGGACUUGUGGUCUUCUGCAGUGCUUUCAGCAAUCAUGUGAGCCUCUGGAUUCAUUUAGUGGCUUAAGUGGGGAGAUAGGUGAGAGAGGUGGUGGACAAGGGUGUGAGAGGAGAGUGAAAGGUCAACCUUAGAGGUGGCUGUUGUCUGUCAUGUUGGGAAUUUGAUCACAGGGAGAGUUUGUAUGAGGGUCAUGACCUUGUCCUUCAGCACUCACUAACAGCAGCAUUCAAGAUAAGGUUUGAAUUGACUUUGCACAGCCAGAUUGGCACACUGCAAGUACGGUAAUUAAAUUACCACCAAUUGCCACAUGGAGAUACUCAGAGGCCAAAAUGGGCAAGUCCUCCACUUUGAGAGGUGUGAAAUAUAGUUG